GUCGCGGCGAUGGCGGCGGUGUAGCCGUGAGCGGGCGGCGCGGGGCCACCAUGAUCAUCGAGAGCGUAGACGCGCUCAAGUCCUGGCUGGCCAAGCUGCUGGAGCCCAUAUGUGAUGCAGACCCCUCAGCCUUGGCCAACUAUGUCGUGGCGUUAGUCAAGAAAGACAAGCCCGAGAAGGAGCUGAAGGCUUUCUGUGCUGACCAGCUGGAUGUGUUCCUGCAGAAAGAAACUUCGGGGUUUGUAGAUAAACUUUUUGAAAGUUUGUACACCAAGAGUUACCUUCCUUCUGCUGAGCCCACAAAGGCAGAGGCAAAGCCUGCAGGGCAAGAGAAAGAAGAAGUCAAGGAGGAGUUGUGUGUUAAACAGAAUUUUCAAGAGUCUGUUGAAGAAGAGCGGGAGAGCAGGAAGAAGAAAUAUUCCAGUCCCCAGAGGAGCCGUGCAGAUUCCAGUGAGCAAAGAACCAGGGAGAAAAAGCGGGAUGAUGGGAAAUGGCGGGACUAUGACAGGUACUAUGAUAGGAGUGACUUGUACAGGGAGAAGUCUGGCUGGCGCCGGGGCAGGAGUAAAAGCCGGAGCAAAAGCAGAGGGUUAAGUCGGAGCCGCAGCCGCAGCAGGGGCCGCAGCAAGGACCGGGAUGGCAGCAGGAGCGGGCUAGUUCAGGUCUGUCGGAAAAGUAAGUGGCACAGAUUACAGCAUUCUACGCACCUUGAGACCGCGUUAGUUAAGGGCAGAGAGCACCGAGAGAGAGAGAGAUCAAAAUACAAGAGUGAAAAAAAUGAUGUUGAAGGCUCAUAUAAUCCGGUGUCCGCAUCUCCCAGUAAAUCCUCUGAACAGUAUUCCUCUGCACAAGCUAUCCCCAGUGCUGUAACUGUAGUUGCACCUGCGCACCACCUUGAAAGCACCACAGAGAGCUGGUCAAAUUACUUCAACAAUCACAGCAAUCCCAGUUCAUUUGGCAGAAACCCUCCUCCUAAAAGAAGAUGUCAAGAUUAUGAUGAGCGAGGCUAUUGUGUCCUUGGUGACCUCUGUCAGUUUGAUCACGGGAACGAUCCUUUAGUAGUAGACGAAGUUUCCUUGCCGAGCAUGAUCCCAUUCCCGCCGCCGCCGCCGGGGCUGCCGCCGCCGCCGGGGCUGCUGCUGCCGCCGCUGCCGGGGCCGGUGCGCGGGCUGAGGCUGCCGCUGCCGCAGCCGCACCCGCAGCCCCCGCCGCCCGUCGUGCUGCCCGUCCCGCGACCACCUUUAACACAGUCCAGCUUGAUAAACAGUCGUGACCAGCCAGGGACGAGCGCAGUGCCCAGUCUGGCACCCGUGGGAGCAAGGCUGCCUCCUCCUCUGCCUCAGAACCUGCUCUAUACAGUGUCAGAACAUACAUAUGAGCCAGAUGGCUAUAACCCUGAAGCUCCUAGUAUUACCAGUGCUGGUAGAUCUCAGUAUCGGCAGUUCUUUACGAGAGCACAAAUGCAGCGUCCAAAUCUAAUUGGCCUAACAUCUGGGGAGAUGGAUACAAACCCUCGAGCUGCCAACAUUAUCAUCCAAACUGAGCCUCCCAUUCCCAUUACCAAUAACAGCAGCAAUGUCACGAGAGUUGUUCUGGAACCAGACAGCAGGAAAAGAUCUCCAAGCAGCAUGGAAUGUCCACCAUUGAAGAAACCCUGGUUGGGAAAGCAAGUCAAUAACAACCAGAAUAAGGCAGGGUUUUUGAAAAAGAAUCAGUAUACUAAUACAAAAUUAGAAGUUCGAAAAAUUCCACCAGAAUUGAACAAUAUUACACAGCUCAACGAACACUUCAGCAAAUUUGGAACUAUUGUAAACAUUCAGGUUGCUUUCCAGAACGAUCCUGAAGCUGCUCUCAUUCAGUACUUGAGUAACGACGAGGCGAGGAAGGCGAUUUCCAGCACGGAGGCGGUGCUGAGCAAUCGGUUCAUCCGGGUGCUGUGGCACAGGGAGAGCGAGCAGCAGCCCCCACUGCUGCAGCAGCAGCAGCCACCGCCCGCCCCGCAGGCCCUGCAGCACCUGCAGCAGCAGGCCCUGGCCACGCAGCCCGCCGUGACGGUGCACAGCAGCCUGGCCAAGGUGAUGAACAAACCCCUGGCCUCUGGUGCCUACGUCCUUAACAAAGUCCCCGUGAAAAGACGCCUUGGAGCAGCGGGGGGGAGCCAGCCUGAGCUCAGCCAGCCCGGGGCUGGGGUGGAGGAGUCUCAGAUAUUUCCUACUUCUGCAAGCCACUCAAAAAUGGUUUACAGUUCUCCAAACUUGAAGACAACUCUGAAGUCUGGUGCAGGGUCUAAACCUCACGACGUGCAAGAAGUCCUUAAAAAAAAGCAGGAGGCAAUGAAACUCCAGCAGGAUAUGAGGAAAAAGAAGCAGGAGAUGUUAGAAAAACAGAUAGAAUGCCAGAAGAUGCUGAUAUCCAAGCUGGAGAAAAACAAGGCCAUGAAACCAGAAGAGAGAGCAGAAAUUAUGAAGACUUUAAAGGAACUAACAGGAAAAAUAUCUCAGUUAAAGGACGAAUUAAAAACUUCAUCUACAACCUCCACACCAUCCAAGCUGAAGUCCAAGACAGAGGCACAGAAGGAACUGCUGGAUGCAGAGCUGGACUUCCACAAGAGACUGUCCUCUGGAGAGGACACAACCGAACUGCGGAAAAAGCUCAAUCAGCUACAGGUGGAGGCUGCCCGCUUGGGCAUCUUGCCUGUUGGCCGAGGAAAGGCGGCGGCGGCGCAAGGCCGGGGCCGGGGCCGGGGCCGCGGGGGCCGAGGCCGGGGAGUGCUGAACCACAUGGUGGUGGAUCACCGGCCCAAGGCGCUCACCGUGGGAGGCUUCAUUGAAGAGGAAAAAGAUGAAUUGCUACAGCACUUCUCUAAAUUUGGAGAUAUUGAAGAUCUUCAGGAAGAGGAUUCCCCAUUAAGUGUUGUUGUAACUUUUAAGUCCCGCUCAGAAGCUGAGAAUGCUGCUAACCAGGGAUCCCGCUUCAAGGACCGACGGCUCCAGAUCUCGUGGCACAAACCCAAGGUACCUUCUGUGUCCACAGAAGUUGAGGAAGAGGAGUCCAAGGAAGAGGAGACCGAAACCUCAGAUUUAUUUUUGCACGAAGAUGAUGACGAUGAUGAUGAAGAUGAGGAUGAAUCCCGUUCUUGGAGAAGAUGAAACUUGAUGUUCCAAGUGUAUAAUUUUAGGAAUAUAGUUCAAACUACAUCUUUUAAACAUUUAUUUAAGGAAGUUGAUGAGCCAAAAAGAGCUUUACUUUCUUUUCAAACCACAAGAUUUACUAUGAGCAGUUUGGUAUGAAAGCAUUCGGGACGCAGAGCUGUGAGACUGAGCUAGCCAAAGGCCCAAGAACUUCUUACAGGAUUAUCAAGAUCACCAGGGUGGUGAUUUUUUUUUCUAUUUAAGAAGGAUUAAAAAG